CGCGGACGUCAGAACCGGAAGAGAAGCUUUCCGGUGUCCUUGUGUGGCAGAAGAGACGCCGAGCCGUGAAGAUGUACAGGCAUUUAUCUGCGCUCCAGCAGGUGUCGCGGCGGACGAUCGCCAGCACCGCCCGCCGGCAGGUGGAGAACAAGGUCCCCCAGAAACAGAAGCUGUUCCAGGAGGACAAUGGGAUACCAAUCCACCUAAAAGGAGGCACCGGGGACGCCCUGUUGUACAGAGCCACAAUGAUCCUCACAGUUCUGGGGACGGGUUAUGUUUUGUACGAGCUGGCCAAGGCAGCGUUUCCCCAGAAGAAGUAGUGACGCCUCCUCCUGUCUGGUUUACUUCCAAUUAAAAACCCACCCGGUGCUGUUUUAAUUGUAAAAAAACACAAACAAACACAUAUAACAUGUAUGGUGUGUCUGCAGGGGGACAUGAUAUUCCUGUUAUGAUGGGAUUUUAUUUUCUGCUCAUGGGAUCAAUAUUUAUUUGUCGCACUCGGCCUACCUGAGGAUCAAUAAAAAAAAAGAGUACCUCA